UUGUGGAGGUAUCAUUUUGCAUACGAUAGUUCAACAGUGUGGAUAUAUAAUACUAGCAUUCAUUAAACACCAGCCAAUCAUUACCGUCCAAUAGAAACAUGAAAUUGUACGGAUUUCUUGUUUCAACACUGAUUGUGAUCUGCGCAUUCAGUGCAUGUGCUGUGAAAGGAUGGCCCGUUACUAAUCCAGAGGUAGUGGACAGUCUCAUAUUCGCCGAUCCGGAAGAGGCAGCACAAUCGAUGAGAGAAAUUCCCCAGUGGCAUUGCUUGCGAUAUUUCAAGCAUGACAUUCAUCUCAUGCGCCGUUGUAGGAACUAUCGGAUGCACAUGCUGCGUCGGCCAACAGAUACAAUGUAAUGCAACAUAAAAAAAACCAUACACACACAAUACUGGAAUACUAUCAUUCAGCUAACACCGUUAUCUAAAGAAGAAAUGUACUGAUGCGAAUAAUUUGUGUUAGCAUUUAAGCUACAUUUUAGAACGUCAUCUACUUCUUCCUUUUGUCACGUGUCCUUGAUCGACGCAAAUUUCCAUUUAAUUCGAAGUCACAUAUACAUGAUUGGAAAAACAAACGCAUAAGCAAGUGUAAACAGUAUCAAAACACGUGUCUUAUCCACAAUUUUCAAUCAAUAGCUGCCUGUGUUCAUCGUAGAACAAUCGUAAUGUAAAUAAUAAAAAAUAGCAGAACUCGGUAGAUUAUUAUUCACCAUGCCCCAAGCCCGCGUCCGUAGUCCCAGUAAGGCAUGUAUUAGAGCUAAGUUUUCAAAUCCCAUUUUUUUCAUUUUUACAAUUGUGUAAACGUACAUCUUAAAUGCAGAAUACUGCCCCAAUGUGUGCACCAAAAAUCGAUUAGAUAAAAAAAAAACAAAACCCUCAAUCGCUACAGCCAGUGCUUGAUGACUUUGCUUAUUGAUAAUCUCGGGAUAAGGCAAACGUGAAGUUAGUACAUAAGCCGAUUCAUAGAGAAGAGCACACAAAACAUUUAACAAAUAAUACAAUAAAAAUCACGAAUCAAACAAUAAAAGCAUUGGAUAAACCUGUGGGCUCCAUA